GGAAUUUUCUCGGGAAAGAUGUCUCGGGCUGAUGUCAAAAAACCUUCCCUCUGCACCACUGGGCCUUUAACUAAGGAGGUGAUUAGCCAGGCUGUCUCUGCAUUUAGUAAGAUAAUGAGGUCCUGCUACGGCCCCACAGGUAGGCUCAAACAAUUUCACAAUGGCAUGGGAGGAUACGUUCGUAUUUCAUCACAAUCUUCAGUUUUGCUGAGUAGCCUUUGUGUCACUCUCCCCGUCUUAAAGCUUCUGGUUGCCUCUGUGCAGAAUCACCUUGCGCUCUUCGGGGACAGUGGCUUAUUUACGGCAAUUUUUUGCUGCAGCUUGCUUGAAAAAUACAAAAGCCUGAAUAUUGCUCCGUACCCUUUCAUUAAAAUUAGCAAGCAUAUUUUGAGCAUGUGCAUUGACUACCUUUCAUCUGAAACCUGUGGUUGCCGAAUACCGGUGGAUUUCAGCAGUUCUAAGCUUCUCCUUAGCCUGGUUCGCAGUAUUAUAUUGAGCAAACGCGCUUGCAUGCUUAGCAGGAAGGAGACCGAUUAUAUCAGUAUAUUGGUGUUAAGAGCCUUUCUGUUUACAAUUCCCCAAAAUGUGGAUUCUAGUGCCGUGCUAGGAAAAUGCCAUUACAUACCUGUAAAAAAUAAGAGAGUUAUGGAUUCUACUGUCUAUCCUGGACUUUUAAUUGAAAUACCAGAAAUGCAUCUGACUCCGCCUUUCAAAAGAACUGCUUCAGGCCAGAUCAAAGUGGCUCUGUUUGGCAUGUCUAUGUCAGGAGAUUUGUCUCAUGCCGGAGAAGGAGCCAUAGUUAUCCAUCAUGGAAUUUUUCUAGAAGCCGAAGUGUUGGAUCAGUUAGUCAGUGUAGGCAGGGAAGUAAUAACUGAUGGUGUCGGUCUUGUGAUAUGCCAGAAGGUCAUCCACCCAACCUUGAAGCAGUAUUUAAAGGAGAACAAUAUUGUUGCUGUCGAGAGAGUUGGAAUAAGAAUGAUGGAGCCCCUGAAGAAAAUGACAGGUUCUCAGCCAAUACCUUCUUUAGAAUUCCUAUCUCCUGCUUGUUACGGCCAUCUGAAGGAUUUACAGACUCAAUGUUUUGAUUCAAAAUGGUUCCUGCAUCUAAUUCCUGAUCAGCCAGUUGUCUGCAGCUUGCUACUCUGCAAUAGGAAUGAAACAGCAUGGGAUGAACUAAAGCUUGCUUGUCAAACUGCAGAACAUGCUUUGCAGUUAACAGUCAAAGAUCCAUGGAUUUUGCUGGGCGGAGGCUGUACCGAAACUCAUGUGUCCUCCUACAUAAAGCACAAGAGUUGUAGUGUAACAGAGGGCACCUUGGAAGAUCUAGGUUGUUCUUCGGAGGAAUUCCACUUAGUAACUGACUGCUUUUGCCGCUCAUUGGAGUACAUUGCUAACUCUCUGGAGCAUGACAGUGGUGACAUUCUGACUGAUACCCGUUGGGGUCAUUCGUGGUCUGUUCCACCUAACAUUCCUAGCAACUCUGAUUGGUCAGAUUUUGUUCAAAAGUGUGGGUGCGGCCUUUGCAACAAACAGGAAGACCUCAACUGGAAGAUGUUAAACUGUCGUUCUGUUUCUUUCCUUCCCCAAAACUGUGCUAAUGAGUCCUCUGUCGCAUCUGCUGACCAGCUUGUCCUGGAUUGUUUUGCCGCAAAGCGGAACGGUUUGCAAGUUGCAGUUGAGACAGCCCAUCUCAUUUUAGACAUAUCACAUAUAAUUGAAGAUCGUAAUUAGUUGCGUGUGCAUGUUUAGCGAGGGCGAUGUAUUUGUGCUGGCAAUUCCAGGCCUCUUUCCAACCACAUCCCUUGCAACUUCAGAAAAAUCUGUAACAAACAUUGGAAUUCUCAAGGUCAUGUUUGGUAUUUCCCACCAAUCUAUUACUGGAAGGGAAAAAAAGCAAUUCCUGCUGCGUUACAGACCCCCAGAGAAGCAUUUGCACAUAUGCAAGUAUCCUUAGUGUGCCAUACUUAUGGACUAGAAAUAUAGGUUGCAAACCUGGCAUUUCUUGAUGUAACAUAAAUAUUUUUGUCUUAUUUUGGUUUCUUUGCAUGUUUGAUAUUUUUAAAAAGGUAUAUGCUACUGAAAACACUUAUGCAAAUAUGUAACAUCUUUUGCUAGGAUACAUGACCACUGUUUGUCCAGUAUGUGAAAAGUGAAAGAUUGUGACUAAACAAAAAUUAAUGUACAGAUGAUACCACCAGAAAUUAUUUUAGCCUCUCUAAUAAAUGGUGUUACUGAUUUUAGCUCACCAUGGAAAACAUCAUAUAUUGUUACGGUUAAUAAUUUAAGGACUGAAGUGCAACAUAAUUGGAUUCUAAAUAAUUAUUUUUCAAAACACAGAACAGUCCAAACAUAAAAGUAAAGUCCAAAUUAAGAAUAUUUCAUUUUUUAAUUUAAGACUUGUUUAAUUUAAAACUGGUUUAGUUGUAAUAGAUUGUUACAAAUGCAAAACAUUUUUCAAGAGUACUUUCAAAAAAAUAUUAUUUUUUUCUAGCAUCAGCUAAAUUAGAUACAUUACAUUGAGAAACGCGUUUCUCAUUUCUUUCCUGUUACCUUUAUUAAUGUCAUUGCAGAAAUGUUAAUAUAGGAAAUAGAUUUUGUUAUUUGCUUUUAUCUUCCAAAACAGAAAAAGGUUAAAAAAUGUGAGGUUCUUGGCUGCUGGCUUUUUUGAGUUAGUUGUUUUAGAUUCUAAAAGUUUAGUUCCUAAAGCGGUAACCUUAUAAAUAAUUUUAAUUUCCUCCUCUAAUGUAUAGAGUCACCUGACUAGGUGGCUCAGUGGCUAAGACACUGAGCUUGUCGAUCAGAAAAGUCAGCAGUUAGUUCGGCGGUUCUAAUCCCUAGUACAGGUCUCCUACGUGAGCACGGGGUUGGACUAGAUGACCUCCAAGGUCCCUCCCAAUUCUUUUACUGUUACCUUCAUAUCAUAAUGUAAGUGAAACAUCAAUUCUGCCUGUUCUCCUUCCAUUUAAUGCAUCAAAAGUGUUUUGGAUACAAUUGGUAAGAAUGGAUUGGUCCUGUCUGCUUAUAAUAUAGAGCAGUUGCUUCCUUCUUUGAACUGGGAAUAUCUUGGGAUAUAGUUAAAAAAAGUCACAGUCAUGGCUAUCAUAGUGCAAUCAAAGUUUGCACUUUUCUGUGUGUCACCUAUCAUGGCUACCACCUUGAAUAUUUUUUACCAAACUCUGCAUGCAUCUCUGCUUUGAAUAUGAAUGGACAUAUUUUUUCCUAACACAGUUUAUAUAAAUAUGUUUUUUAAAAAAAAAAUUAAACACACACAUCGCAUUUGUUACUCUCGUCUUCAUUAUUAUUAGUUACACAAUUUGCAGGUGAUCUUGAAAAGUGAGCUGUAAAUUCUUGCCUGUGUUUUUACAACAAAUUUAUUUAGUACUUUUCUUCCUGAAUUAUUGAAACCAGAAAAUUGUUUUGUAAUCAUGAGUGGUCUUAAUAAAGACAUUACCUCAGACAGAUCUUUGAUUAUGAUUUUCUGUGUUUAAUCUGCUUUUUCUUUUCAUAAUCUGUCUAAAAGAAGUUAAAAAAUAAUUUUGUUUACAGUCAAAAUAAAGAACUUACUGGUUUUGAUAUGGUUUUGACAUGGGAGGAGAAAUCUGAUCCAUUGUUGUCAUUCCCAAGAACAUGUCAAUGUUGUCUCUCAAUUGAUAGCUUCACCUCCACAUGUCAACUACAUCUAAUCAAAAUACCUUUUGAAACCACAUCAAAAUCAGGGGAAAACAGAAAAUCCUACUUAACAUAAUCAAAACUUAACUAGAUAACUUAGCUCAUGUUAUUCUGAAUUUGUGCUAUCCAUUAGAAUAUAAUUACUGUAGUUGAGUCUUCUCUUAAGGAGUGCUUGUUCAUUUCAGUUAAAUUCUUGACUAGUUUACUGAUGUCUGCAUUUUGGGGAUACUGUUUGCAAAGCAGUAUAUUAAAAUAUUGUAAUAAAUAUUCACUUGGUCAGUUCAAAAGAUGUGUGAUGCCAUCUGGAAGAAAUAAAUUCAUGCCAAGUACAAUCUUGUUUAAUAAAACUAAAUCGGCAGUUUAGUAUGGAAUGGGUUAGAUUUGGGAGUUGUCUUUAUUUUUGAGGUUUGCUACCGUUUCCCCCCGAAAACAAGACUCACUCUUAUAUUUUUUUGAACCCUGAAAUAAGCACUUGGCCUUAUUGCCAUGCGCUCAAAAGCCCGAUUGGGCUUAUUAUCAGGGGAAGUCCUAUUUUGGGGGGGAAACGGUAUAUGUAAAGCACACACUUGAUAAAUGCAUGUAGUUCUGGUUUUUGUCUGUCUUUUAAAGAAACAAACAAAUAUGCUACUUCAAAAAUGAAAUGUAGCUUUAAGCGACUCUUGUUUGGUUUGCUCAUCCAAAAUAACACUAAAGUGGUUGGCAUUUUACUUUGCACGCUCCCAUCUCUCCACUGAGGUCAGGCAACCCUUGAGACUCACAUCUUCCAUCCAGUUGCUAAAUUUUCAGCCCACUUGGGAAAAGUUGUUUCCAAUCAUUUUCCCCAUCAACUGUUUGAAUUAGUCAUACGGAACAUCUUUUUUUUUUUGGCAUUGUUUGUACGUUUUUCGUUGUACGUACUUCGUUUUUUUUGCUUUCCAUUUGUACAAA